AUGGCCACUGCCAGGUCCAAAGUGGACCUGGCAGAAAUUGGCAUCGCCUCAUUGAAGCCCAGGAGGGCGAUGAUGGGGGCCAUCAUAUUGGAGGUUCCCGGCGCCGACGGAGCCGCCAAGAUCACCGUCCUCGCCGCAAAAGUGGCAGAAGAGCUGGCGGGAACCGGCGUAAAAGUCGCGCGCCCAGUCAAGAAGGCUGACUUAAGGAUACUGGUCGAUUCGACCACACCAGCAGAUGUCGCUGCAGCUGUUGCCCUCGUGGGAGGGUGCAGCGAGGGGGAGGUGAAGACCGACGAGAUUCGGUCCUUCCCCUCGAGACUUGGCAACCUCUGGGUCCAGUGUCCUGCCGCGGCCGCAUGCAAAGUUGCGGUCGCGGGCAGGAUAACUGUCGGCUGGGCCCAGGUAGCUGUAGAGGCACUGCGCGCCCAGCCUCUGCAGUGCUAUCGAUGCUUUGGUGUUGGCCACACCAGGCAGCGGUGCACGGCUGCCGAGGACAGGUCCGACUGCUGCUAUGGAUGCGGCAGUCGGGACUAUAAGGUGACAAGCUGUCCGGACGUCCAAUUGCCCGCUUUGUGCAGGCGCGGGCAAGCCGGCGGGCCAUGCGUGCAGCCGGGCGUGUCUCGCCAGUGCGAGGCGAGGCAGGGGAGGCGGUCAAAGGCCGUCUAA